AUGAAAUCUCUCUCUGCCGUACUUGCUUUUGCCGCGGCCCUGGCAACGGCAGAGCCAGAUACGUUUAAGUUUGCCAAUCUGUACAUGAUAGGCUCUGGAAACUUCACCAAUCCUGCUGGAGAUCGCGAAGGCGCCUUCUUCACUCUCGAUGAAUGGACACCUCGAGACAUAGCCUGCAAUCCCGCGUUUAAGGCGAUCCCAACUAAUAGAGUUGAUGGCGAAUGUCUGCUGUACACCAUGGUGCCAGGGCAGGGAACCGUCACGUCGCCUUAUCCUUUGGACUUUUCAAUCGAUGAAAUCAUCGAUGAGGCCAACAUUCGCGUAACCCUCUAUCACCAAGAGGACGGUCGGAAGGGGAGCGCAAUCGUGCCCUUGAUCUGCAAAGCUUCAUCAGGCACUUUCCAUUGCGACCAAGACUGGACCAACGAGCUCUUCAUCACUAUAAGCUAG